AUGGUUUUUUUACACGAACAUCCAGAAGGUCCGAAAUGGGGAUAUGCUAAAAUAGCUUCUUAUGUGCACUGUAGUAAGUCUACAGUCAUUUAUUGGAUUCAAAAAUACCGUGAAAAUAAGGAUUUAACCGAUGAAAAAAAGUCAGGUCGACCUCGCAAAACGACUAAGGCACAAGAUAAACGAAUAGUAAAGAUAGCAACAGAAAAACACAACAUUACCAGUACUGAAAUAAAAAACAAACUUGAAAAAAAAG